GCCAGGUGAGAGGACAGUCAGAGAGAAGACAGACAGCAGAGAGGACAGACGGAAACAGUUUCUACAUCAUUUAGCGGAACAAACAUUAGUGAAAGCAAACAUGCUGCAGCUGAAUGAGACGCAGCUUCAGCUCCAGCUGUCCGCCUUCAGCUUCGAGCGACGCUUCGAUGAGAGAGGAGCGAUAGCCUGGAUGCAGGCGAACUGGAGUACGUCCUUUGUGUUCAGCGCUAUGUACGCCGCCCUGGUGUUUGGAGGUCAGCACUACAUGAAGCCCCGCCCCAAGAUGAACCUGCGGCGGCCGCUGGUUGUCUGGUCGCUCAGCCUCGCUCUCUUCAGUAUCGUUGGUGCGAUUCGAACCGGCUCCUACAUGUUUCACAUCCUGAGCAGCAGCGGCUUCAGACACUCCGUCUGUGACCAGAGCUUCUACAACGGACCAAUCAGCAAGUUCUGGGCCUACGCCUUCGUCCUGAGCAAAGCGCCAGAGCUCGGCGACACGGCGUUCAUCGUGCUGAGGAAGCAGAAGCUGCUGUUCCUGCACUGGUACCACCACAUCACCGUGCUGCUGUACUCCUGGUACUCCUACAAAGACAUGGUGGCCGGCGGCGGCUGGUUCAUGACCAUGAACUACGGCGUGCACGCACUCAUGUACAGCUACUAUGCGGUGCGCGCCGCCAGCCUGCGUGUGCCGCGCCCCUUCGCCAUGGUCAUCACCAGCGCUCAGAUCCUGCAGAUGGCCAUGGGGCUGACGGUGAGCGGGCUGGUGUAUCGCUGGAUGCAGCAGGGCGACUGCCCCUCCCGCCUUGACAACAUCACCUGGGCCACGCUCAUGUACCUGAGCUACCUGCUGCUCUUCUCCAACUUCUUCUACCACACCUACCUGCGCCGCCGCGCCCAGUACAAGACCACCAAGGCCGAGUAGAGACAGCUGGAGCAGGUGCAUUAUGGGAGAUUUGUCUGACUGAUAUCGAAGCUGCUGAAAUAUUUAAAAACUUAAAUCUGACAAUUUUUACGUCAGAAGAAUCUGAAAUCACAAGAACUUGGAGGGAAACGUGUCGGAAUGACACCCAGAGCAUCAUGGGAUGUGAUGAACAGACGUCCUGCAGGAGAAACAGGAAGUUUAUUUUAACCUCCUGUCGUUAAAAUAUCAGACCUCACAUCAUAAGGUUCCUUUCAUUAUUUUGUUCUAAUUAGUUCAAACGGAGGUAGUUUGAUUAACUUGAGUUCAGUGAUGCUUCACAAAUCCAACAAAUAUAAAACAUUUAAGAUUCAAAUAAUA